CUUCAGUUCCGGAACUUCUUCGGUUUUCACUCACAGCAUCAACACUUCCAGCGCUACUAAGUACUACGUUACCAUAGGAAACUGAAACUUUAAAUGUUCAUACGUACCCAUGGGGGGUAAGAAUAAACAGCGAACUAAAGGAAAUGUUCGGCCAUCCAGUAGCGGCCGGGCUGCUGAGGUGUUGGCUCGGGAAGGUGGUGUUAUCCCGGGCUUUGUGGGCUUUGACUCCACGGUUACUUCAGAGUUGAGUUAUGUCCCAGCUGUCCACGGCGCGGAGGAGAUAGACAACCUGGUAGAUGCUGAUUUCCGCCUAGUGCUCAGGAAACUCUCCAAAAGAGAUGGAGUCACCAGACUGAAAGCUGUGCAGGACUUUGGGUCCAUGUGUCAGGAACGGGAUGCUGAAGAUGUUAAAGGGGUCCUGCCAUACUGGCCGAGGAUUUACUGCAAGAUAUCAGUGGACUAUGAUCGCCGCAUCAGGGAGGCCACCCAGCAGGCCUUUGAGCAGCUGGUGCUGAAAGUACGUCGCAGCUUGGCCCCAUUUCUGAAGAGCUUGAUGGGCCACUGGAUUCUGUCCCAGUGUGACACCUACACACCUGCAGCUUCUGCUGCAUGCCAGGCCUUCCAGGCUGCCUUCUCACCAGCCAAACAGCCCGAGGCGCUCAGCUUUUGCAAAGAUGAGAUCCUGAAUGUUCUUCAAGAUGUUUUGUUAAAGGAAACUGCAGACACACUGAGCGAUCCACAAAGUGUGACAGAAGAAGAGAGAGAAGCCAAAUAUGUGCGCAUGCUGACCAGCUCUCUGCUGGGGGUGAAGAGACUGCUUUCCCUGCUGCCCCAGGAUGAUAGGGUGGCCCUGGAGCAAAGACUAUCUCAUCUUGUUACCUCUGGGAAGUUCUGGAAAUACAGCAAACACAAGACACCACAGGUGCGAGGGGCAUUUUUCGAGAUGGUAUGCGCUCUGUGUGAGUUAACUCCAGGACUUGUCCAGGCUGAAGCAGCACGAUUCUGCCCUGCGGUUCUCCUCAGCAUUGAUGACACAGAUCCUGUAGUGCUGCCUCCUGUGUGGGAAGCUGUUCUUCAUGUUGUGUCUACUAUCCCUGACUGCUGGACACAUGUGAAUGCUAAGAAGGGUGUAUUACCUAAACUUUGGGCUCUAUUAAGAGAGGGUGGCAAAGGCAUGGCUAAAGCACUCCACCCCAAUUUAAUGCCGCUCCUCAGCAAACUGCCCCAGCAGGUCACGGACCCAACCUUGGACUUCUACACCACUUUCUUCACUUCUCUCAUACACGGUCUGUCCAGUGAGCGUGCAGCAACAAGCCCAUCAGAGAGUGCAGUCAUAGUGACUUCUGCUGUUGAGUGCUUGAGGUACUGCAUACUGCACAAUACGGAAGAGGAGGAUGAUCAGAGAAGAAUACGGAACAUGCUUAUUUCACAGCAGCUCUUACCACUACUAGAAAGAGCUCUUGAAAAUCCCUCCCUUCAGAAUAGCCCUCUUUUCCUUUUGGUCACUGAACUGCUCGUUUCAUGGGAGAAGAGGGCAGGUGUACAUAGUGGGAGCGAAGCCAAUGAGAGCAAAGAUGUCUUUCAAGGACUCCUGGCAGACUUCUGGGAGGGUCUUGGUCUUCUUUUUGUGCGUUACGCAGACAACGAGGAAGCAGAUCCACAGGCUUUGGAAGGAGUAGCCACCUUGCUGCAGGUGAUGCGAUACCCUGAGAGAGUAAACAGAAAACAAGUCCAGAAGAAGAAAUCUGUCAAGAUCUGUUUGUCUAAGACAGAAUUAAAUGAAGGAACUGGAGUUGAGGGUGAUGGUGUUGAGAAGCCAGUUCAGACGGUGUCGGACCUUGUGAAUGAGAAAGCAUUCGGAUCCCCACAGACCCAGCAUUUUGAGGAUGUAGUGUGCCAGCUGGCACAACUGUGCCUGGUGCAUGUGAAUGAGAAAAACUCAGAGAGACAUCUUGUUUUCCUCUCUCUACUCCUGCGGUCUUUUCACACACCCAGGGUCUUCAGUAAAUUGGUGGAAUUGGAUGAUAAAAUAACAACGGACGGUGAGCAGAGGGACGAGGUGAAUUUGAACAACCCAGCGAUGCAGUUCCUGCUGGAGCGAGUGGUGGUGUGGCUGGCUGAGAAGGGGCGCAGUGACACAGAGCACCUGGUGGAGAUGGUUUUCAGUUCUCUCUACUGCUGCAGCCAGCAAGAGACCACCCGCAUCCUCAACCACAUCACCACGAUGAAUCUACAGUGGGGAAUUAUCCUGCAAAUCAUACAGAGGGCAUGUGCAGAUCCAGAGACUCUUAAGAGCUGUAGGGAUUGGCUGAAAGGUUCAGUUCUGGGCGAGCAACUCUUAGGACUGACUAAGGAGCUGUGCAAGAUGGGACGCAAUUCUUCCAGUUCUUCCUCUUCUGCUAGCAGCCCCAGUUGGACUCUUAUCAGCCUAGUCCUCUCUCAGCACCACAACAAUGAACCUCUGAUAGGGGAGGUGUACAUGGAGAAGAUCUUGGAGAAGCUCCACGCCACUCUGUCUGAGACUAAGAGUCUGUCAGAUGCAGGCAAUAUGGAGCCACUCGUCUCCUUUAUCUGUGAUGUGGCCUCCACAUUCUUCUCUUCUGUUCAAGACUGUCUUCUACUACAGUCUGCUGAGGAACUUUUGCUCACUGUUUUCCAGCUCACAGCCCAAGAUCAAACACACACUCACCUUUCUGAUUCACUUUUAGAGAAGCUGAAGAAAGCGUGUGUAGCUGGGGUCCAGUCAUUGGUCCAACACUCUGAAUAUGAGGCCAAUGAAGGUGGUUUCCUGCACAGAGCAGCUCUUUGGGUGACGAACCAACUACUCACUGUCUCUCUGGACAUUAAAAGUCUACAGGUUCUGGUUCUGGCUGUACAGAGCAUAGUAGAGACAAUCAUCUCUGUUUGCGAUCAAGACUCCCACCUCCUUGUCCAGUUCUUUACCUAUUUGACACCCAGCCAGACAGGAUGGACAAGAAUAAGACAGGCCUUACCUCCCCAGUGGGUCAAGACCCCUUUACUGGCCAGCCGUCAUCGAGGAGUUUGUGAAAAACCCUCCAUGGAUAUCUGGAAGUGUAAGGUGUCAAACAGAUUACCAGCCCACCUAUGUGCCUGUGCCCUAUUAGGGAGGGUGAUCCGGACUGCUGCAUUCAUACCUUGCGACCAAAAGAAGGCAAAGUGUCCUUCACACCUGCCAAACAUUAAGUACACAGUUGCAGAAUUGCUGUAUGCUCUGCAGUGGUGUAAGGAGGUAGAGUACAGCCCCACUAUAGUGUCUGCCUAUCACAGCCUGCUGACUGACUGGGGGUUGUCAGAAGGACUGCACGGCCAGGUUCCAAUAACAGACCUGCUGGAGACACUCUACUCAAGGUCAGUAGAGUUUGGAGGUCUUUGGUCCCUGACUUUAGAAGAAUACAUUGACACCAACAACUUGGAAGCCACUCACAGUGCAAGCUUGAGGAAGCUCUACGGCAGUGCAGAUAGUUUGUUCCCAGUGUCUCAAAGCAAACUGAGCACACUCCAGGUACUCUGCCCCACCAUGACCAAAGAAGACAGAGAGACUCUCGUAGCUCUGGCUACUUCUGGAAUAAUCAACUGGCAAGAGAAUGACAAUGUGUAUGGGUGUCUGGCGGUGCUGCUGUGCUGUCUACAAGCCGAUACACAAGUAGAAGAGGAGGUUUUGCAGGCUAUCCUGGCCACUGUGAUGGAGUGGAGGAACAGCAAGGAGGACUGGUUCCUCUUUAGCAGUGACCUGUCUCAAGCAGUUACAGAACAGUUGAAUCUUACUGUGGAGAUGAUGCGUUUCCUGUCAUGGCUGGUGACUCAUUGUCCAACGGUUCUCGGGGGCAGCCAGUGGGACUUCUUGCUCUGCUCUAUGUUAGCCUGGUUGGAGACUGCCAGUGAGAAUGUGAGCAGUCUGUGGAACCCAUGGGUGCAGCUGUUCGUGUGUGAGAACACUAUACUAAUAGUGGAGCUGAAUGAGUUCUUCUCAUCAUCCUCACCCGAUGUAAUGGAGAAGCUGCCGUCAGAACUGGCGGGUGAAUGGAGAGACUUCUUCGUAGAAGGAAUCUACAAUCUGCUGUUGCCUCUGCCUAUCAGUAUCACAGAUGCCUUCACUGAACCGGACGACCCUGUGUUUCCUCUGGCGGCACUGCAGUCAGUCAGUGUGGCUCUGACUUAUGUGCCUACGCAGCAGCUGAACCAAAACUCCCUGCCAGCACGAUUCAUAGCAGACCAGAAGACAAACCUGCCAGAGCCCCUUCAGACACUCCUCAACACCUUCUGCCCUCUGCUAUUGUUUAAGGCCAGGCCCCUGCAAAUCACUGUCUACUACAUGUUAGAAAAAGUCAUGCCUCAGCUGCCCGCAUGUGAUGGAGAAGGAGACAGCAACAAGCCUGAUGAUGAUAGAGAUGAGCCGUGUCUCUCUCCACCAGCCUCUCUGAUGGCCAUCCUAUCAACCUGUGAGGAGCUGUGUGAUAGCAUCCUGGCGGGGCUUCAAGUAGGAGAGUUUGCAGUGGUCCAGCCUCUCAGUGUAGAAUACUCCUGCAUCCUGGGGUAUUUGCUGGCCUGGAAGCUACUACUCAUCUUUUUCAAAUCCUCACCCUCCCAUCUGCGUGCCCAUUAUGCCCAGUAUCUUAAGAGAAGCUGCUCCCUUAACAAGCUCCUCCUUCAUCUUUUCAAACUGAUGCCUGAGAACCCCGUCUACCCAGGCCAGGGGUCAGACUCAAAGGAGACCAAAACCUUCUUUACAGAGAGCCCGUCUCUGGCUGUUGAAGAAAGUGAGAGUGUUGAGUGGGAGCUCCCUCACCUGGCAUGCAGUGUGUACUACAGCACAGUGCAGGACCUGCCUGCUAUGGUGCGGCUGUGGUGGAAUAGCCAGGAGAAGAGAGUGAGCGCAGCUGUGGAGAAGUUCACCAUUAAAUAUGUCAGCCCUGUUCUGUCAGCCCAAGAGAUCUCAUCUGUCCAGUCCAGCACUCAGAUGUUUGACAGCAUGACUGUGAAGGCCCGCUCAGCAGCGCGGGAGGUGAUUGCUACCUAUUCUGUGGAUGAUAUCUUCAUCGAGUUGGUGAUUCAGCUGCCACAGAAUUACCCUCUAGGCUCUAUCACUGUAGAGAGUGGGAGGCGUGUGGGUGUUGCUGUACAGCAGUGGAGGAACUGGAUGCUGCAACUGAGCACCUACCUCACACAUCAGAAUGGCAGUAUAAUGGAGGGCCUGGCUCUGUGGAAGAACAACGUGGAUAAGCGUUUCGAGGGAAUAGAGGAUUGUAUGAUCUGCUUCUCUGUUAUCCAUGGCUCCAACUAUUCCCUGCCCAAGAAGGCUUGUCGCACCUGCAAAAAGAAAUUCCACUCAGCAUGUCUGUACAAAUGGUUUACUUCCAGCAAUAAGUCCACCUGUCCACUGUGCAGAGAAACCUUUUUCUAACACAGUCUGUUGACCAUGGCUGAAAGGUUGACAGAUGGAUUUGCAACAUCAAAAGUCUUCAAUCAAACUGAAAUGGAUCCGAUUGUGAUUACAUGCAAAAAGUUAUUUAGAAACCCAUCUAUAGUAAAGUUCAAUGUCUUAGAUCAAUACAAACACUGAAAUUCUCUGUGAGGCUUCUCUGACUGAAAUGGCAGGCAUAGUUUGGUUUGGACAAAGUCUGAACUAAAGUACAGUAAAAUCUAGUAAAUAUAAUUUGGGGACUUUUAUGUUCAUAUUCAGCGGUAGUGUGGGUUGAUAAGCUGUCAACAGUUUGUUUUUGCCAGUGCUUCACUGUAUAUGUGCAGUAUUGAGUUUUAAUAUUUUUUGUGGACUUAAAUUUUUUUUAAUUUUUGAAACAUCCAGCUGUGUAGAGGCCAAGUCACAAAGUUGGGAAAACCAAAGCUGGUCAGCCUGUUGAAUUGAGUAAUUUUACAAACAAACAAACAGCAAAAAAAAAAGGAUAAAAGUAAUGGAAUGUCCAAGACACAUUUCGCAACUAUUUCCUAAUAUUUAGGAGUGUAAAGAGAUUAUGUCUGAUUAGUGACAUGACUUAUGCCAUUGUGACAUGGUUAGAACUUCUUUUGGGAGGUUUUUAAUUUCAAAAUGCAGAAGUUCACAAAUAUCAAAACCUAAUAAUAUGUGUCUUCCCCUGUGCCUGCAUAUAGAGCUGUAAAUGAUGCUGGAAACUAAAUAAAAUACAACUGGAUGGAUAUUAACAAAUUCAA